AUGGAGUGUCGACUUCCCACCGCACGUCGGUGGAUCGCCCCAGAGAUCGGUCGUACCGCCGCCCCGGGUCUCCAACUAUGCGGAUACUUUGGGGGCAACUUUCCGCCGCCAAUCGCCGCCACUGCCGGCGGCGUCGUCCUCGCCGCCCGGCGGAGCACAAGUCUGCCGGCUUGCCAGGAUCGGCGGCGUUCGACGGCGGCGAGGGCCUCGAUGUGGGCACAGGAAGCGGUGGUCCGCGAUGUGUUCUCGUCUGCGUUCACUUCGGGAGUCGCAUUGUCGCUGCUCCGGUUCUGGGAGGAGCUUGCCAAGCGGGGCGUCUUCGAGCAGGUCAGCCACCAGAUCUGACUCUUUCCAUUCUGAGAAAACGCUCCCAUGCGGCAGGUCGAGUGCUGGGAUUCUAUGGUGUGAGCUUAGAUCCAGCCAUUUAGGCCGAUCUGAACACAAAUUCGAGGACGCCUCGUGGAAAGGGUAUUAUCCUGCCGUCAUCCGGUCGGUUAAAUUUUUUAAAAGUAACCGUGUGAAGUCCGGUGAUAAUGGUCGGGAUCCAAGGGGAGGUGAGUUUUCGGUGACCUCGGCCGCUCCUCUGUCAGAUCUAACAGAAGCCAAAGUGCUCAUGUGGUGGGAAACAGCCAUGGAUAGACUGGAUUCGGAAGAUUAAACGAAUGCGGAAUUCCUUGGAAAACAUUAAAGAAUUCAUUGCUAAAAUAUCGUCGAUAAAGCGUGCGCUGGGUUUGCCUCAUUUUCAGGAAACUGUAGAGCUAAUUUUUUUGGAUCGAAGCACAACUGAUAGACCAGGAAGGGAUCCGCGGGUUGUUUUCUGACGGCUCCAAGGGUGCGAUUCGUUCUGUCCUUGAAACAUAAGACGGGCCCGUUGGAGCUGAUCAUCCCCUCUGAUUUGUGGGUUGGAAUCCGGGGAAGUAGGGAAAACUAGGGAUUCAGAAAAGACUCCCAGGCCAUGCAUCUCGUCCUCUGUAGAGGACUCUUCCCCCGGUAGGACUGGCGGGAUUAUGACUUGGAAGGAGUUCUUCGUAGAUCAAGCCCAGAGGCUGGAAAGAGUCGAAUGCCAUGCAUUUUUUAUUUUUAUUUUUUUUAAUUAUUGGUUGAACUGACAAUCUAAAUUUCCAUCUAGAUGGAUCGAAUUGUUACCCUGAACAGCCCUUUCCUCUAUCGACCUCUGCGACUUAUGUGGGCCUCCGAUUUUAAUGCUUGAUUAAUUGAGUUACGACUUUUUUGAUGUGUCUGACAGAAUACUCCAGCUUGUAGACAUUGAUUCUCAUCCCGACGUCAAUGUAUUGCCUGCAUCUCUCCCUGAGUUACAGAGGUCUGACCAAUUCGGGAGACCUUAGUAGAGAUUACUGCAUCAGAAGACCUUAGUUUGCAUAUUUUCAAUUUUCACCUGGGGGACGACAAGGUGACAAGUUUGACAACUAUGUAAUUCGGGAUAUGCUCAUGUGAGAGUAAGAUUUAAAAGGGUCGUAUUUUGCAGUCUUUUUUUUUCACAUAGUUGACGAGAUUAAUGGUAUCACCAUCUUUUGUUCUUGAACGGCUGACAAAUUGGGAUAAUCGUGUUGUUUUCUUGUAAAUGACCAGAUUUAUUUUUGAGCAAGUUCACAACAUGGAAACGCUCUCUGCUCUCCCUGGUUGAAUCCAUCGUGAGGCCGUCAGUUCCAUCCAACCCCCAAUUUUCUGAAUCCUUCCUCCGGGAACAGUCACCGCCACCUUCUUCCCAUAUCCCCGGGGUGCAAAUAAGGAAGUUGAAGCACUUGUGAGCGAGUUUUUAUGUGGGUCUGUCCUGGAUCUCUGGGGUUCUCCUCAUGCACCUGGUGAAGCCGAAAUUUUAUAUAUAUUUUUCUGGUCCACUGCUUCCGCUGAAUAUUUGGUCUUCUCGCUGAAUAUUUACAACAUUUUUUCCUUCCGCUACCUUCUGAUUUCUUGGAUUCGUUUUCUGUUUCACCUGCCGCCGCCACUAACGCCCCCUUCCUCGUAACCCUCGCAGACUCUGAGCAGGAAGCUGGUUCACAUCAGCGUUGGGUUGACUUUCAUGCUCUUCUGGCCAAUGUUCAGGUAUGGAUCAGUGUUCCCUGACCCUCCUGGCUUGUAUUGACUGGACCCAGAUGGGUUCUUAUGGUUUCCUUCCGCAGCUCCGGAGAGCUGGCCCCAUUUCUGGCAGCCAUUGCUCCUGUCUUCAACAUAAUAAGGAUGAUCUUUCUGGGACUGGGUAUCUGGAGAAACGACGCCAUCGUCAAGUCCAUGAGCAGAUACGGAGACUACAGGUUUCCAAUUAGACAAUGUCGACUCCCUGAUUUCGCUCCUGACACAGCCGACUAAGUGAGAUCAGUCUUGCUUCUGGGUUUCCAGGGAGCUCCUCAAAGGACCUCUGUUCUACGCCUGCACCAUCACCCUAGCAACCACUGUCUUCUGGCGAACCUCCCCUGUCGCCAUAGCUGCCGUCUGCAACUUAUGCGCAGGAGACGGUAUGGCUUUGCCUUUGUUAUGCCACCUCAUGCGAGUAAGAAACAAUCGUCCUUGAAGAUCACCUCUCUCUCUCUCUCUCUCUCUCUCUCUCUCUCUCUCAGGCGUGGCCGAUGUCAUCGGCAGGCGAUUCGGAAGGGUCAAACUCCCCUACAACUCCAGCAAGUCCUACGCCGGCAGUGUGGCCAUGGCGGCAGCGGGAUUCCUCGCAUCCGUCGGGUGAGUACAACUACCGCCGUUUAUUUCUCUCUCCUGGGCUGCUCCUCGCUCUCACGAUUUCAUGGGUUCUUUCAGGUACAUGUACUACUAUUCCCUGUUCGGGUUCGUCGAAGUGAGCUGGGGGAAGACUCUAGGGUUCUUGCUGGUCUCCCUGGCCGCCACUGCGGUCGAGUCUCUCCCCAUAAGCUCCAAGUUUGACGACAACCUCACCGUCCCCUUGACCUCCUUCCUGGUGGGCUCCCUGGUCUUCUGA